ACCCUAUGGACUCGACGGCAGCCGGCAGGUCGGGUCAGGUCAGGACGGACCCGCCCUAUAUUAUUGCCUACUGCGUACAGGCUCCUCUGCCGCUGCACGUUCCCCCCUCAACCACCCGACCCAACGCCCCCAACGACCUCCCAUAACAGUCGCUGCUCUGCUCUCUCCUCUCCGGCUCUCCCGUCGCCGGCCGGGCCGCUGCUGCUUGCUAGGGCCUUCGAUCUUGGUGCGCAGCAUGUCGUCGUCGUCGUCAUCCUCGUCGGCUGCUCUGGGCGGCUCCCACGCGGGCCUCGCCCUCGCCGCCACUGCCAUGGCGCUCUCCGGCACGCUCGUUCUCUUCUCCCUCUGCCGCGCCAAGCCCCAACUGGUCCCCUCCUCCGAUGGCGCCUCCGAUGCUGCUACCACCGCCGCUUCGUCGCCUCGGCUCCGGCCAUGCCUCUCCUCUUCUGAGAAGCGGAAGCGGGAGAAGGCGCGGCGCGGAAGCAAGAAGCGGGUGCGCUUCGCGGAUGACGUCGUCGACAAUGGCGCCUCCCCCUCCCGCGCGGCGCCGCGGGAGGUCGGGUCGGCUGAGCCGUCGUGCGCUGGGGCCGCUGCGGCGGCGGAGCUGAGGACGGCGAUGCCGGCGAACCGGGAGGCGCUGUACCGCGGCAUGCUCCGCGGCCGCUCCAUGCUCAGGGUCGCCUGCUCCUACUAGCUUAGUUGACUACUCCAACUUGCCAUUAAUCUAGAGCUGCCUCCUCUCUUCACGUCUUCCUUGUGCUGUUAGCCAAUGGUGUUGCUAAUUGUAUUGCCUAAUCGCUCGCUCGCUCCCUCCCUCGCCCAUUGGGAAGUUCUGUAAUGAGUGACCAUCCCGUAGCGAGAGAGCGAUGCUUGUACCUGUACAUUACGUUCCGAUUGAGCGGUGAAUGAUUCUUCACUGCUCCGAUCUGCCGAAAAGCUUCGAUCUUUCACUUC